AUGGAUACCAAGUCCUCUUUGGACCGGUUGGCACACAUCGCCAACAUCACGCAUGAGCUCACAGAGCUUAAUCGGCAGAUCAAGGAGGAGCCGACCCCGGAUGUGGAAGUCCGAGGAGAAAAGAACGAUCAACACGAAAACCUCAAACCUCGAAGACUAGCUUGCACUUCGUGUCGACAACAAAAACUGAAAUGUGACGCCCAGGUGAGAGACCCGCUUCCGUGCACGAGAUGUGAAAAGAAGGGGCUAGAAUGUGUGGUGAAGGCGGAUUUCAAGCGUACAGAGAAAAGAGCCCGAUUGGCUUCGAUCGAGAAGGAGUUUGCCGAGUUGAAGAAGACGUUUGGAGGGAGGUCUUUUGAAGGCACGCCUGUUCCUAAUGCUCCGGUUGUUCCGUCGAAUCUAGCGCCCCAGGCGGUCCAGAGUCCACAGAUAUCGAGGUUGAAUGCUCAACUUGGUCUGAACGUGAUGACUCCACAAAUAAACGCCCAGAUUCCGGGAAAUGCACACAUUUUGCCAAAUCAGGGGCCUGUGCCCGUUCAGCAAGCUCCGCCGGCGGUACCACCCCAAAUUGUCCCGGAGAAAGUGGACCCUCCAACGGCCAUGGGGCAUCGCUCAUUUUUGAACAUCAACCCGGGCGAAAAACCGUCCCAGGCACAUAAUUUUGCCGUCCCCGACCACGCCUUGCUCUGUGAGGAGAAAUCGCUCGGAACCGUCACGCUUCUGCCCGAAAGUAUCGGCCUGCUCUACAUGGACUACGUUCACAACUACCACCCUACAUUACCUGUCGUGGAGGUCGCCAGAGGCCCUGAAAGAAUAUACAGACUCUGCCCUUCGCUUUUCUGGGUGAUUAUGUUUGUGGCGCUGCGGCGGCUCAACGAUAACGGCUCGCUUCUUUUGACGUUAGCGCCAUUGAUCAAGGAUAUUCUCUCUGAAAUCACAAUUUCUCCAAUCACGCGGUACCACCCCACCGAGGAAGACGAGCCUAUCAUGAACGCCUGCUCUGUCUACUCCGUCCAGGCUUUCAUAUUGUACUCCAUCUGGCCUCCAUUGACGUCGUCUCUUAGUUCCGAUUCCUCGUGGAACACUAUCGGUGUGGCUUUGUUUCAAAGUAUCAGAAUUGGGCUCCAUUCGUCUAGCCAGGUUCUCGACCAGGCUCAGCUGGAACCUAUUUCUCCACAGCAGUAUGCUAUGGCCCAGGAGCAGAUGAAAACAUGGAUUGUUUGCAACAUUGUCUCGCAGAACAUCGCUACCGUUUUUGGGUUCCCUGCAUUCGUGCAAUUCGACUCCUUGCGGCCACAGUAUGUGGAUUUGCCUGUGGCCACUCGGCACCUCAUGGAAAUCGCCCAUUUCGAAGACCAGGUGGCUCGUUCAUUGACCUCCAACCUCCAUUUAGAGUACGGAACUCAUCAGGUGAAUGAGAGGCUUUCGCUUAUAAAAGUUCUCCUCAGGCAACUUGACCAACUUGAGCUCAAGCUUACCUCCGACAAUGUCCCCGAUAACGGCUACAGAAAAAUCAAAUUCAUUGUUGCACGAGUGCACCUUUUGACCCACUACUUUUUGGACGCCACAAACAUCCCACCAUUUGAGUUAUCAAAGGGUCUUGUCAGGCUUUACAAUGCCGCCAUCUCACUAAUCACCUGUGUCCAGACACUUAUCUCCAUUGAAAAAGACUUUGUCAAGUUCAUGCCCGUGGUCUCAAUUUUGAAUAUUUGGCAGGCAUCUUUCGUCAUAGUCAAGCUUGCACAUUCACCUUUGAAAUCUGUGCUUAAUGUGGAGCAGGGCAAGCUGACAUACAUGAAUGCCAUAUCCAUUGUGGCUAGAGCAUCUAUCUUGAAACAUGAUGUCGCAUACAGAGCCAGCGGAAUUAUGAGAAACAUGUGGCCGCUCUUCAAGACCCUUGAUGAGAAGCUGAUGACGACUCUACUGAUCAAGGCACGUUCACGAAUGGCAGCUUCAUUAUUUUUCGACUGUUUGUCGCUUCUUCGUGACCAGGUUGGUAUGGCUCAACUCAGCAUUCGUACCGAUGUCAGAGACAAUGCUGAUGACGACAAUGACGAUGAGAGCAAUUCAUACGGGGAAGAGGACGACGAAGAACAGGCUGUUUCUUCCGAAGACGAGGAUCCCAAGGCUCGUCGUCAAAGCAAAACGCCGAGUCAGAAAUCAACACCAGGCAGCAUCACCAGUUCUGGCCGUAAGAGACGCAGAUCUUUGUCCAAUGUUGGCGAUGCCGAAAGCAAAGCUCGUCGUAUCAUUCGUACCAUUCCAUUGGACCCUCAACCCAUUGCAGCUUCAAAGCGGAGCUCGAUCUUCAAGGUGGUGAACACCAGUGCGGAAACUUCACCCAGUAUCAGAAACGACGAGUCUCAUUCACGAAGCUCAGGGUCGCCUGCCUCAUUUGUGAAGAAUAAUCAUCAUCAGCAUGCGCCUCAGAAUGGCCAUAAUCCUGCCACACCACAAAUGCAGCAAGCGCAAAAGGCUCAGAGGCCGCAGAAUAGAGAAACCUCUGAUCUAUACCUCAACUUUGACGAGUCGCCUUCACAGGGUGUGGGCAAUCUCGAUGUCUUUGACGUAAAUAGUGAUUUGAUCUGGAAGGAUGUGGACAGUCUCAUGAACGACUUUGGCUUCCACGCAUAA